GGCUGUUUUCUCAAUAUCUCAUGUUGUUCUCAAUGAAUUAAUUUAUCUCAUCGUUUCACUAUAACUUCACCCAAUCAACUCGAUUGUCUACGCAAUCGAUCACAACAAACCUUUGAAUAUCAUGAUUUUCGCGAACAAAAUAAUUAGGUAACAUUAUUACGAUAAGCACCACAGAACGAGUCAGGAGGAUCUCUCGCAAGUACUCUAUCGACAAUGUGUUCAGCUGACUUCGAUUCGAUUUGUUUAAAUUGUGCCAAGUGUCGUACUUAAUGGGACUGAUUGAAAGGCAGUGCGCGGAUAAACUGGAUGUAUGUGAAACGUUGCUUUUGAACGAUAGUGCGUGUGUUUUGGUAUUUAGUGAUAGUCGACGAGUAAUUAAAUGAAUAACGGCAAGAAGAUGAAGUCCAAAUCGAAAGGGUUGAAAUAUAUGUUCUCUGGGACUUGGCCGCAAGUUCUAGCAGUUUUGAGCUGUACAGUCAGCGCCAUUGGCGACGGCAUGCAGUACGGUUGGUCGGCGCCAAUCAUCCCCAUCUUAGAGAGGCCGGACAGCCCGGUGAAGAUAACCGAAACGGACAAAGACUGGAUCGAAAACAUCUACCUGAUGGGCGGCAUCUUCGGCGUCCCCAUCACGAUCUACCUGGUCGACAAGAUAGGCAGGAAGUACUCCGUCAUAGCGGCUGGACUUCUCAACCUCGCCGCCUGGAUUUUGACAGCCAUAGCGUCCAAGUCCACCCUGCUCCUCAUCGCCAGGUUCAUGACGGGAAUCGCCGGCGACGUGGCCUUCGUAGCAGCCCCCAUGUACAUCGCAGAGAUCGCCGACCAAAAGAUCAGGGGGUUCCUUGCGACCCUCAUCUACACCAUGAUGCUCGUGGGGAUCUUCUUGAUUUACGCCAUAGGGCCGUACGUGUCAGUGUUCGUGAGUUCUUGCGUCGGUGCAUCGUUCCUCAUCAUCCAACUGUUGACCUUCCCGUUCAUGCCGGAAACGCCCUAUUACUACCUCUGCAAAGGGAAAUUCGAGAAAGCUCGAAGAUCGUUGGUACGACUCAGAGUCAACCCGGAUGUCGACAAGGAAAUGGGAGAGAUGAAGGCUGCUAUUGAGAGACAGAAGAGUGAAAGUGGAAGACCUCAAGACCUCAUAAUGGAGAAGAGCAACCGAAAAGCUGUCAUCAUCAUGGUGGUUCUAAACGGCGCGCAACAUCUCAGCAGCAUAAGCGUGAUGCUGAUGAACAUGCAUAUGAUCUUGAGCUCCGCCGGUUCCAUCUACAUUGAGACAAACUACGCGGCCAUGCUCUUCUCUGCAUUAAUGAUGGUAGCGGCCAUUGUCGCCGGUUUGGUCUGCGACAGGUUCGGCAGGAAGAUCCUGCUGAUAUCUUCCAGCAUCUUAACAGGCGCCGUGCUCUUAACCCUGGCCAUAUUCUUCCAUCUCAAACAGACCGGUUUCGACGUGGAUUCCGUCAGUUGGAUUCCGGUAUUCUGCGUGUUGAGCUACGCCCUGUUCUUCAAGUUCGGCCUGGGCAUCAUACCGAUAGUACUUACAGCGGAACUGUUUCCGGCGAAAGUGAAGGCUAUGGGGAUGUCCAUAGCGGACGCCCUGUAUCUCACCUGGGCCCUGAUCUCCGUCUAUCUCUUCCUUUACACCUCUCGUGCUUUCGGCAUGGCAGUACCCUUCUACAUAUUCGCCUUUUGCGCCUUCGGUUCAGCCGCUUUUUGCGCCUGGGUAGUUCCAGAGACCAAAGGUAGGACGUUGGAGGAGAUCCAGAUGAUUCUGAAGGGCAUUCCGGUGACGCGAGCUAGCCUCGAGCUUAUCGAGAUGUCGAAGAGCAAGCAGAGCAAUUUGAACAACAAAGAAGCGUCACCGGAGAGCGUCGCUUUCUUGGAAGAAGCAUAGAAGACUUAUAUGAGUAGUUAAUUUGUACCAUACCCAUAGAAAAUGUUGCUAAACUCGAACUACCACAGAUUAUGUUGGAUUUUUUUCGGUGUUCUCUAUUCCACGGAAAUGGGUGAAUUGAACGGGAGUCUAAACACGUGCUCCGAAUAAAAUCGAACACAAUUAUGGAACUCUUCCCAAACGACUAAAAUAAUUAGUCCCUAUUCGAUACGGACACUUGAAAACCAAAGACUGCAGUCUUCUCGACAAAUUAGGAAACUCGUAAGUGAUUAAUGAAGGACUGAAGAUGGAAACUCGUUUACGCAACUUUUCCUCAUUAAAAAACAAAGGGAAAACGAAUCGCGCCCUUUUUUCUACAGUAAUUUAACAUUCAUUCGCGUAUCGAGUUAACCCGCAGCUCUUUUCGUUCAGCGCCCAAGUUUUAAAGUUUUCCGCAAAGUCGAUUGACACAAAUUGUUUCGAAACGGCCUCAAAAACGUUCUUCCAACUUCAAUUUACGCUUUAGAAAUGGAUUUUUAGCGCACAGGCCUGAUAUUAUUGUGAAUUCGAUGGAUUGGAAUUUCUUUCCAGACCUAACCUCGAAAGGUAUCUGUCAAAUGUCAAAAUUUUCAUCAUAGAAUAUUGUAAAUCCGUUAGGUUAUCGCAGUUUAGUCUGUGCUCUCUGAUCACAGAAUCAAAAUCUUGAUUAAACUUAUGCUUCCUAGAACGAAGUGCCUACACUUACUUAGACCCAAAUUUUCGAACUCACUGGUAGAAAAUUUUAAGUUACUUAAUUAAAGUAUGAUGUGAGAUUACUAUUUUCUCAAUUGUUGUUGAAAUGACUGAAUUGAUAAUCUUGAUUUAUAUCUUGGCGAGUUUUUCAUCUUACAUAUAGUAUUAUGACACGAUUUUGAAUGAAGUAUUAGGAUACUUAUGAGCCAUAUUAUUUUAUUGUAGUUGAACCUCUGAAUAUAGUCUGAGAAUAUAACAAUUAUUGGUAACUCUGUAGCUAACUUACAUUUUUCUCUGGUUCUUUUAUUGAAUUGCUUGUAAAUAAAAUAUACACAAUGUACCAUAAGAUACUGAUAUGUUGCAUUUGAGUAGGCAUAAACUAUGAAAAACUAAUAUUUCUGAGGAGUCUCCUCGUCGGUUUUUCAAAGUUUCGUACUCUCGAAUUUGAUAGUUUUUUUUUUUAAUUACGAUCAUUUCUUAUUUUAAUGUUCAAAUUUUACUAUGUGAUCAUUCAAUGAACACUUAUUGUGAUAGAAUAUUGUAUUCAUCCCCUGAAUAAAUUAUCUUGUUUUUUA